AUGGCCGGUCCCCGGAAUUUCUUCUCCGUCGCUGCGCGACAGUGUUCUCCGGCGGUAAACUUGCAAACGACGUCGUCGCAGAAGGCCUUCAACGGAGGUUUGAAAUUGGCCGGUGCGACGACGUCGUCCUGGAAGACCAGCACUGCGGAUUCCGGCGAGGAGGGGAAUCUCCGGGAGAAAUGGAGGGAAUUCCAAGGGGUUAAGAAUUGGGAUGGUUUGCUCGACCCUCUCGACGACGGCCUCCGCCGCGAGAUUCUCCGGUACGGCGAGUUUGUGGAGGCGGCCUACCGGAGCUUCGAUUUCGACACCUCUUCGCCGGAUUAUGCUACGUGUCUCUUCCCGGACCGUUGGAUGCUGGCUCGGUGCGGGAUUGGGAAUACGGGUUAUGAAGUGACGAAGCACCUGCACGCCACGUGCGGGAUACAGCUGCCGGAUUGGGCGGACCGGAUCCCCGGCUGGAUGGCGGCCCGGUCCAGCUGGAUCGGGUACGUCGCCGUUUGCACGGACGAGCGAGAGAUCGCACGGCUGGGACGGCGCGACGUCGUCAUCGCGUAUCGAGGGACCGCCACGUGUAUGGAGUGGCUGGAGAAUCUCCGCGCCACGCUGGCAUGCCUACCUGCUGACAUGGCGCCGGACUGCUGUCAAUCGAUGGUUCCGAGCGGCUUCCUCAGCCUCUACACAUCGCGGCAUUCCACGUGUCCCAGCCUUCAGGAUUCAAUAAGAGAAGAAGUUUCCAGAAUCGUCGCCAAAUACGCCGACGAGCCGGUGAGCAUAACCGUCACCGGCCACAGCCUCGGCGCGGCGCUGGCGACAUUGACGGCUCACGACAUUACGACGUCGUUCAAGGAACAAAAUCCUCCGGCGGCGGCGCCGCUGGUCGCCGUCGUGUCGUUCGGCGGUCCGAGGGUCGGAAACAAAAGCUUCCGUAGCCAAUUAGAGAAGAACGGCACGAAAGUCCUCCGGAUCGUCAACUCCGACGAUCCGAUCACCAAAAUUCCCGGCUUCGUUCUGGAGGAGAGCAGUCCGCCGGCGGUGUGGCGCGGCAACGGAAUUUUGUCGGAUUGGGUGCAGAGGCAGUGGGUGUACGCGGAGGUAGGGAAGGAGCUGAGACUAAGUAGCAGGGACUGCCCCCAAAUCAACGGCGGGGGAUUCGCCACGUGUCAUGAUCUGAAGACGUAUCUGCAUCUGGUCGAUAACUUGGUGAGUUCCAAUUGCCCGCUCAGGGCAACGGCUAGUAGGGUGCUAAUGAAUGCCGCCAAUAUACGUACGUAG